AGCUAGCUGGUCAAGGUUCCGCUAAAUUGGCAAUCUGUCAUUCUGCUGAGGGGGGGGGGGGGAACCCUACAGAAUGUUAUCCUCGUAUUCCCGGUGCGACCAUUUAUCUGGAUUACUCAAGGUUGACUGCUACAGUCGAGGUCAUACAUAGAGAUUUAGUGAAUGGUGAUAAGAAGAUUGCUCUAUAAACCAAAGAAUGAAGCUGAGGAAACAGGUGACUGUGUGUGGAGGGGCCAUAUUCUGUGUGGCUGUGUUCUCACUCUACCUGAUGUUGGAUAGAGUCCAGCAUGACCCUGCGAGGCGUCAGAAUGGUGGGAACUUCCCAAGGAGCCAGAUCUCAGUUCUGCAGAACCGUAUAGAGCAGCUGGAACAGCUCCUAGAAGAGAACCAUCAAAUCAUUAGCCACAUAAAGGACUCUGUUAUGGAGCUUACAGACACAGGAGCUGUAUCUCCCAGUGGCCAAGUGCCCUUCAGAAGCUCAAAUGGUACAUGGGUCCUGCCCUUUGAUGGUCGCCCUACUUUCCUUGCUGUUAAACCCCAGGAUUGCCAGUUUGCCACAGGGAGCCAUGGUCAGACAGACCUUCAGAUGCUGGAUGUAUACUCCCUCCUCAAGUUUGACAAUCCAGAUGGUGGUGUCUGGAAGCAGGGAUUUGAUAUCACUUAUGACCCGCAGGAGUGGGACAGUGAACCACUUCAAGUGUUUGUAGUUCCCCACUCCCACAAUGACCCAGGCUGGAUCAAGACUUUUGACAAGUACUUCAUGGACCAGACGCAACACAUCUUAAACAACAUGGUAGUGAAGCUGUCAGAGGAUCCACGCAGGAAGUUCAUCUGGUCCGAGAUUUCCUUCUUCUCCAAGUGGUGGGAAACUGUGGACGUGAAUAAGCAGGAGGCAGUACGCAAGUUGAUCCUUGGAGGGCAACUGGAGAUUGUGACUGGAGGCUGGGUCAUGACAGAUGAAGCUAACACUCACUACUUUGCCAUGAUAGAUCAACUCAUUGAAGGCCAUCAGUGGCUAGAGAGAAAUUUAGGUGUAACUCCCCGCAGUGGAUGGGCUAUAGACCCUUUUGGUCACAGUGCCACCAUGCCCUACCUGCUGAAACGGUCCAAUCUGACCAACAUGCUGAUCCAGAGGGUCCAUUAUUCCAUCAAAAAACACUUUGCCUCUACUCGCAGCCUAGAGUUCAUGUGGAGGCAGGCCUGGGACCCAGCAUCAGGCACAGACAUCUUUUGCCACAUGAUGCCAUUCUACAGCUAUGAUGUGCCUCACACCUGUGGGCCGGACCCCAAAAUCUGCUGCCAGUUUGAUUUCAAGAGGUUGCCAGGAGGUCGGGUAAAUUGUCCCUGGAAAGUCCCCCCGAAAGCUGUGGUGGAAACCAAUGUAGCAGAGAGAGCACACUUGCUGCUGGAUCAGUACCGUAAAAAGUCCAAGCUGUUCCUCAGUAAGGUACUUUUAGUUCCUCUAGGGGAUGACUUCCGCUACGACAAGGCCUUGGAGUGGGACCAACAGUACAUCAACUACCAGAAGCUUUUUGACUACAUGAAUUCUCACCCUGAGAUGCAUGUACAGGCCCAGUUUGGAACUCUGUCAGACUACUUCGAUGCUGUUCACAAAGCUGCUGGAGCAGUCCCAGGAACCAGGCCUGCAGGUUACCCAGUGCUUAGCGGAGACUUUUUUGCAUAUGCAGAUCGUGAAGAUCACUACUGGACCGGCUAUUUCACCUCUCGGCCCUUCUACAAGAGCCUUGACCGCGUGUUGGAGUCACACCUCAGAGGGGCAGAGAUCCUCUACAGCUUGGCAGUGGCGAAUGCUCGCCAUAUUGGCAUGGAGGGGCGUUACCCAGUAUCAGAUUAUUCCCUGCUCCUAGAUGCGAGGCGAUCUGUGAGCUUAUUCCAACAUCAUGAUGCCAUCACCGGCACUGCCAAGGAGAAUGUUGUCAUCGAUUAUGGCGCAAAGUUAUUGCGCUCCCUGAUUGGUCUGAAGCGAGUGAUCAUCAAUGCUGCUCAUUUUCUGCUGAUGAAGAACAAGGACUUUUAUCGGUUCUACCAGACGGAGCCUUUUUUGGAGACGGAUGACCGUCGUGCCACUCAGGACUCUUUGCCCCAGCGCACUCUUAUUGAGUUGGACCCAGCAGGACCGAGGUACCUGGUUCUCUUCAACCCCUUGGAACAGGAACGGCUAUGUGCAGUGACCGUGUUGGUGAACACGGUCAGGGUGCGGGUACUGACUGAGGAUGGACAAACCAUUCCAGUCCAGCUAAGCGCCCAGUGGAGUUCUGCUAGCCAGAUGAGCGCUGAGGUAUUUGAGGCAACAUUCAUGGUUCGUCUGCCUCCCUUGGGCUUAGCCGUAUUCCAUCUAUACGAUUCCUCUGACUCUCCUAUGACGCUCCGCUCCGACACACUGCUGAGGCUGGCUGGACAAGGGGUUAGUGCGCGGGCCGUGGACCCCCUGCCUGUCCGGUCUCAGCACGCAGACCCACAGACCUUCUACAUCACCAGUCAGUCUCUCACACUGGGGUUCUCUGGAACCACUGGCUUGCUGGAGAGUAUCCGGCGUAAAGAUGACCCACAGGAAGUGAGGGUUCAAAUGCAGUUUUUGACGUAUGGCACUCGGCCCUCCAAGGACAAGAGUGGAGCUUACCUCUUCCUGCCUGAUGGAAAAGCAAAGCCCUACAGUCAGAAGGACCCACCUGUGGUGCGUGUUGUAGAGGGUCCUCUCUUCUCGGAGGUGGUGGCACACUACCAGCAUUUUCAGCAGUCCAUUCGCAUACACAAUGUUCCAGGAGUUGAAGGCCUUUCCAUAGACAUCAUCACUGUUGUUGACAUCAGAGACCAGACUAAUAAAGAGCUGGCCAUGCGACUAGUCACUGACAUCCAAAGUGGGGAUGUCUUCUACACAGACCUUAAUGGCUUCCAGAUGCAGCCCCGCCGCCAUUACCUAAAGCUUCCCCUGCAGGCCAACUUCUAUCCAAUGCCCAGUCAGGCCUACAUCCAGGACAGCCAUUACCGCCUCACCCUACACACAGCCCAGUCUCUGGGAGUCACCAGCCUGGAAAAUGGCCAGCUGGAGGUAAUUAUGGAUCGGCGGCUGAUGCAAGAUGAUAAUCGGGGACUGGGCCAGGGCCUGAAGGACAACAAGAAGACAGCCAACCGCUUCCGCCUGCUGCUGGAAAGGAGAUCCACUGGCAACAAGAUGAUGGACAGUGGGGCAACCAGCUUCCCAUCUCUGCUCAGUCAUAUGACCAAUGCCUUCUUGAAUCACGAAGUCCUAGCACUACCUGUUAUACCCAAAAAGCGUGGCAUUCCUCCGCUGCAAACCUUUGCCCCACUCAAAGCCCCCCUUCCCUGUGAUGUCCACUUGCUGAACCUGCGCACCAUCCAGAGCCAGGUUGGUUCCCAUAUUCCUUCUCCCUGUACUGCCUUGAUCCUUCACCGUAAAGGGCUGGACUGUGGUUUAGAGACUCAGAACCUUGGCUUCAACUGUACCACCACGCAAGGACAGCUGGGUGUGUCGGGACUGUUCAGGAACCUAGACCUGCAGCUGCUCCAGCCCAUGUCUUUGACUCUGAUGCACGCCAGUACCCCACUGGCCAAUGACUCCAUCAUCAGCCUGGACCCUAUGGAGAUAUCUGCCUUUAAGCUCAAACUGCGCUAAGAGCAGCCUGGGACUGCAGAGGCAAUAAACAUGCCCAGGCUAAGACUCUAGACUGAGACCAAGCGCAGGCCGCCGUGAUCAGACUGCCUCUCCACACAGGGGUUCUGGCUCUCUUGGUUUUGUGUGUGUGUGCGUGCGCGCAUGUGUACAUGCACGUGUGUGUGUGUUUCCGAUGCACGUGCAGAGUCUCAUGCACCACAACCCAGAGAAGCGGCUUCCAAUGUAACAGGAUGGACUGCGAAGCAUGGGGCAGAUAACCUUUUAUAAAGGCUGCCUCCAAGAGUAAAUCUGUGGAUUUUGCAGUCAUUCCAAAUAAAGACAGACAAGUGGAAUCAUUUAUUAGAAGAUAGGGGGUGUCUGUUCUUUUUUCACUGCAAUAGUUGUGUAAAAGAAGAAAUCUUUUAGGGGUGUUUUUUUUGUUGCAAAAAUCAAAUGUUUAUUUGUCCUUGCCUCUUUCUGGACUUUAUACUGAAUGUAAAUAUUGAAAUGACAGGGACCUGGGAUAUAUGCUGCAUCAGAGUGCACAUUUUCAAGCUUUAUUUGGUGUAACGGUGGGUUUUUUUUUUGGUUUUUUUUUAAACUAGCAAUGAAGGACAUCCUUGCCAACAGGAACUCAUCACAGUUCUGUUUUGUUUCCGUAAAUCCAGUGUUCACUGGUUUUGUUUCUUUUUUAUUUGAAAUGAGCAAAAUGCAACAGUGUAAUUGUACGAAGUGAAUGUUUGAUCUCUUUUUCACUCUUGAGCGAGUGACACAAGCCACUGCUUUGAAAAAGCUACUACUGUACAUCAGAGCUGGAAUGCAAGAGUCACUGUGCAAUAAUGAUUUGGGAUCAUUCCCUGCAAUUUUGCUUUCUGCAAGACUGUAUUGCCUGCUGUCCUUGUUUUGCUUGUAGAUGGUUUAAAGACUCGCACCUUUACCCCCUAAGCUUUGCUAGGCUUUGUUUCCUUAUGAUUAAACUGUGGAGGGUCUGUGAUGGAAUCUUUAGUUGUGUUGAAUUACUCCCUGAGCCAUUCUUGUGCUUAUUCUCAGUAGUAUGCCAUCCAUGAGAGAACAGUUGUGUACCAUAUGCAGUAAAGGAAAAAGGCAAAGAUUAUACCUCAUAUUUAACAUAUGGCAAAUAUAUUGGUGUGUGUCUAUAUAUAGUAUGGUGAUGUGAAUACUGGAGGGGAUUUGUGGGUGUACUGAGGUCAGAGUACACUAUCAGGGACCACUCGUAGUCCCGCUAAAAGCACCGUCACUCAUUUCUGGUGUCAAUGUGAAGUAGUGGGUCAUAUUGUUGCCUCUGUCAUGCUUUUUCACACAUAGGAUGGGUAUCCAUCAGAGGAUGCAAACUUGGUGAAAUAAGAAUGGGAAAGUCAGGAUCAAACUAUACGCAAAGAAUCUUUGCUUAUGAAUGAAUUUUAAAAAAAAAACAAUCAUGAACAAAUGUCUUAAGACUAAGACAUUUGUUUAUGAAACUUUUAUUUUUCAAGUUUAACAUCCACAGUGCAACAUCUUAUGAGGCUAUGGCACUUGACCUUUUUUUCUGGUCCAUGUCUGUCUUUAUGUGUUAGUAGUUCACAUCCGUUCUCACCCAACUGGGGCAUCUGCUGACAUAUCACCUACCUGGCAUCUGCCACAUGCUGUUCCACUGUGUUUGCUACUUAAAAAAGUCACCUUACUUUUUUUUUGUCCCCCCCCCCCUCCCCUACGGGAGGUCUGCUUUUGUCCUGUGUAUCAACCAAGACUGUGAUGUCUGGUCUUCCAUAGCUCAAUAAAUGCCAUUCGGCAUAUCUAGAGCUUAAAUUCCCCCCCCCCCAGCAGUGGUGUAGUUUCCAGACAGAAAAUUUGCACUUUCUGCUCCACCCAUCGUCUGUUAUACCUCCUCUCCUAUUGUGUCAGUAUGUCUCAGUCAUUCUGUAAAAAUGUGCUUUUUUUCUAGUGUGAUAUUUGUGUAGCAUUGUUUUUGUUAUUAGGGAUGGACUGUAUAUGAAAGACUGUUCCAUCAUGGAUAUCUGUGGACAAAAAGAUGCAUAGAGAUGCCGGGGAAUGAAAUAAAGG